AUGAAUCCUGGCAUGCGCUAUGAAGUACUACGACUGCAGUCGUUCAAACAUGCCAGACUUGAUGACCUAGGACACGUUUCGGUGAUUCUGCUUGCUGAGGUAGGAUUUUAUUUUGAUCACAUCACUGAUCGGGUCCUAUGCUUCAGCUGCGGCUACGAAUAUCUCCGCCAAUUCUCCUCCAUUUUGCGUGACAUUGUUCAUGAAUCCACUUGUCAACGUCACGAACUGAACAAGUCAAUCAGGGACACUACUUUCGGUCUAACGCCGGAUGUCAUACAGCAGGAGCAACUUGCAGUAGGACAGCAGAUCAACGGACAUGAUUUCUCCAGUGUAGACAGCUUCCGUGAGCGUCUCCCGUCGAAUAAUGGAACAUUGCACGAUUCACCAAAUACACACCCUAAUCAAAUAACCUUGAAUAACGAACAGCAACAGUAUAGAAGCACUAUACAAGAUCCACAAAGCAGAGACAGACUGACACUGUCGCCUUGUACAACAACUCCCCAAACGACAUAUUAUCAAGCCGGGACAGUCACAGAAAGACAAAGCGCAUCUGGACACCCAGCCCUUAACAUAAGCAGCGUCUCGUAUCCUCAUUUCUCAACCAGACAGGCUCGAAUCGCCACCUUCGCCAGCUGGAGCCCUGCUCAUUCUCAUCGACCUGAUGAUUUUGCAGAUCUUGGAUUCUUCUUUACAGGCAACGCAGACUGCGUCAGGUGUUUUUGCUGUGGGCUGGGGCUCAAAUAUUGGCGGCCCACUGAUGACAUCGCCUACCAACAUUCUCGUCUGCGACCUUCUUGUGCUUUCAAUCGUCUGUGUAAGGGUCAGACGUUCGUCGACAGAGUCACGCAACAAAUACAAGCUGUUCCAGCAAACGUACAUACCAACGCAGCUGUUAUAACAGACGGAGUGACCAGUCCAGUUGUCUCCACAAACGGACUGGUCACUCCAUUUGCUACAACAGAUGUACGAAAUCCCAGCCUAGCCAGUUCUCAUUCAAAUAAUUACACUGACUCAAAUAGCAGCGAAGACUCAGGUUUUGCACAUGCAUCUUACGCUAAUGGAGACUCCCCUCUGGAGGUCACUAACGGUAUUCUCGCUGAAGCCCAGCAGGCCACACCAACUGUCAAGGCGCUAACUAUAUCAUCUCUGCGGAACGAGGAGCUUCAGGUUGUGGAGCGAGAGAACUUACUUCUGUCUGCCCGAACCACCUGUCGCCUAUGCCAGGCCGCCUCUGUCAGCUGUAUAUUUCUACCGUGUGGGCACGUAGCCGCAUGCCAAGACUGUGCAGAUAAGGUCGAAAGAUGUGUCCUCUGCAGUAAAGUGAUUAUUGGAACCGCAAAUAUAUAUCUUUCUUAG